CAACAAUCCGCCAUUGCUAGUUUUCACAUUUUUGCACUCGGAUUUGCUGAAUUUCCUCGGGGAAAUUUUCAGGACAUGGAAGCGGCGUGACAAAUCGAGACUUGGCAAUUCGGAAGACCUCGGUCGUUGUGUUCAUCGACGUGUAAAUCGAAGCUGAAAGCUUAGUUCAAGAAUGGAUGAUCCUAAGAUCGAUUCUCUCACAGAUCGCCCACGGGCGCCAAAUGUACCAUACACCGUUCUAAGCGAUGAGCAAGUGAAAAAUAUGAAGAAGGACCCGAGUCCCCAUUUUCGCAUAGUCAAACCCAUACAGUUCGACAACAAACGGCACUAUGUGGACCGUUACGCCUACUGUACUAAUGCUCAGGUCGUGCGGGGAAUGUCCCGGAACCACCCCCAUUGCUGGAUCGACUACCAAAAAGUCCGGGACGCUCCGACGCCUUAUCACACCAGCCGACUUGGAUCCACAGUCAAAUGGGGACCCAUUACCGCAGGCAGAAGAACGUAUCAACAUUACAUGUCAGAGGAGCCUCAUAGCUUUACAAUGAUUGAUAUGUACCGCCGACCCCCCACCAACACCCCAGGUCUAGUCACGAUGGCGUACGGCCGCCCGGGGGAGGGGUAUUACUCACAGAGACGCCCAGAUUCGACCACCUGGUUUGGAUCCACUGUGCCCCUGAACAGGACUAGUAUCUUGCAGAAUGUCCAGCACAAAACAUUUGCGGAGUACCGGGAUCUGAAGACGCGGAAUGACUGUAGUAUAUUGUCACGCCGUGGACAGUGGCCCGAGUACAGCGAGUACUCCGAUAAGUACUGCCUCCAAUCGAAGAUGGCACCUAAACUAAACACCACCUAAGGCUUUCAAAAAUUUUUCAAGAAAACGGAAGAAAAGUAAUAAAAAUCCCAACAAUUCCAAUAGGUGUCCACCUAAAAAUUCGUAAGUAAUCACGUCACUUAUAUGUUUCAUUUAAACGCCUAAUAUAUACUGGACUUCUGGACAAUCUGAUGACCAUCCGUACGUCUUCUAUAUGUCUUGUCU